AACGUCAAUCAUAGAUAUAGCAACGUGCUAACCUCAACUCACUACCUACCUCGUUCAUCUUCAUUUUCACUCUGUUUCCCAAUUUUAUAAACCUUUUCUUUAUCCCCAACAAAAUUUUAAAAUGAAAUUAAAGAUGUCAUUUUGAUUCGAGUCAAAAUCUUGGCACCAAACCACUAUAGCGACAUCGAUGUUUAUUGGGCCUAUCGUUUUCCUGUUGUCUGCUUUUGCCUUUCUUCAAAGCCACACUCUAUGAUCAACGUUGAACGACAAACUGAUUGUGGUGGGUCGGUUCCCACUCUUGCAUCUUGCUCACAGUUGUAGUUGUAGACACCAUUACUUCUUUGCUCCUGCGCUGUUUGUUGAAUUGCCUCGCCGAGACUUCACAAUUGUGGGAGGUGAGCUCUUCAUUCUCAGAGCUCUACUGCUUUAGCUAAAUGCUUCUUGUUUUCUAUCUGUGAUGGUUGUUGCAGGAUAGGAACUUUGUAUCUACUAUUUUAGCCACUCCUUCAUGGAGACAAUGACCGCUGCUGCCUCCAUGAAGUUUCCUCAUGAGCCGGCUAAUUAUGAUGAGAUUUCUAUGCGACAGAGCAUGCUCUUCUCUGAUAGUUUAAAGGAUUUGAAGAAUCUUAGGAAACAACUCUAUUCAGCAGCAGAGUACUUUGAGUUGUCUUACACCAACGACGACCAAAAGCAUGUAGUGGUAAAUACGUUGAAAGAUUAUGCCAUUAAAGCUCUUGUCAACACCGUGGACCAUUUGGGUUCUGUGACCUUUAAGGUCAACGAUCUGCUGGAUGAGAACAUUGAUGAAGUUUCAGGAACUGAACUUCGAUUAUCUUGCCUUGAGCAGAGAUUACGGACAUGCCAUGAUUACAUCAAUCGUGAAGGUCUCUCUCAGCAGUCGUUGGUGAUAAACACUCCCAAUUACCACAAACGAUACAUCUUGCCUGUGGGAGAGACUAUGAAUGGAGGUUUACGCAUGAAAUCAAAGUAUCAAGGUUGCAGCGUAGACAAAGGAGACGAGUGGCAUCACUUUAGGAGUGCUAUUCGAGCUACAAUACACGAGGCUCCACCAUCAAUAGCCAGUGAAGGGCGCUCCCCCUCACCUACUCCUAGACUCGUGCAGCAGCCAGGAAACUUCGCCUUCUCCAAAAGCAUGCCUAAGAAAGAUCUAGAAAGGAGAACAGUGUCACCUCACCGGUUUCCACUUCUACGUUCGGGCUCCCUAUCUAGUAAGCCCACGACUCCAAAGAGCUCACGCCCGACCACCCCAAACCAGAGCCGGCCAACCACCCCAAAUCCAUCUUCAGGAAGACAACCGUUUAUUUCUGAUCCUCGGAAAUCGGCUUCAAUGCGGAUUCGUGUCGGGAAAGAGAGCCCAAAGGAGUUCGAGCAGAUCCCCAGCAAAAGCAAACGGUUGCUCAAAGCUUUGCUCAGUCGACGCAAGUCGAAGAAAGAUGAUACAUUAUAUACUUAUUUGGACGAAUACUAAUGGAAAAGAGUUGAAAAUGGUUGUUUGUAGUACCAUUUUGCUUUCCCCUUUAGUAUUCACUUUUAUAUCUCAUUUAUGGAAAGUGUAAUUGUCAGAGAAACAUAUUCAUCAAUAUGAGCAUGUUACAAGAUCUAUACA